GCUGCUGAAAUGUGCAAGGGGUGGGCCCUGGGAGGGGUUUGGGAGGAGAAGUCCUGUGAAAUAUGCUAAAGCAGGCUCUCUUCCCAGAGUCGGUCAAGGAGAAGCGCUCUCGGCCAGGGAAUUGCUCGCCUCCAAGCCCCGCACCACGAUAGCAAACCGGCCAGACUACCUUCCGAUCUCUGAUCGAACUUAAGACUUGUCUCCAAAUUUCUCCAAAUCUCCUUUACAUCCUCAAUGGCAAUGUUCCCAAACUGCCAUCUGAUCCUUUUCUUCUUCUUUGUGUGCCUGGACCACCACCUGAUCCUUGCCCAGGAUCAACAAGCUUCUCAACCCAGCACUGAGCCUUCUAUUCAGGUCCGGUUGGCAGGAGACAAGAGGAAGCACAACGAAGGGCGAGCGGAAGUCUACUAUAACGGCCAAUGGGGCACCAUUUGUGAUGACGAUUUCUCCAUCCACUCAGCCAAUGUGUUCUGCAGGCAACUGGGGUACGUGGAAGCCACAUCCUGGUUCCCUGGCUCCAGAUAUGGCAAAGGAGAAGGCCCCAUCUGGUUGGACAACCUCUACUGCACUGGCAGAGAGACAUCAAUAGCCCAAUGUACCUCCAACGGAUGGGGUGUGUCGGAUUGCAAGCACACCGAGGAUGUGAGCGUGGUCUGCAGCGAAAAGAGGAUCCCGGGCUUCAAAUUUGAGGACCCUCUGCUCAAUCAAAUAGAGAACACAAACAUCAAAGUCGAAGAUGUCCGAAUACGGGCCGUCUUUUCAUCCUCUCGCAAACGCAUCCCUGUAACGGAGGGUUACGUGGAGGUCAAAGAAGGGGGCACUUGGAAACAGAUCUGCGACAAAAACUGGACCAGCAAAAAUUCCCGUGUUGUCUGCGGCAUGUUCGGAUUUCCUGGAGAGAAGAAAUACAACGUCAGAGCCUACAAGACAUCAGCAAGCAGAAGAAAGCAUAAGUACUGGGCUUAUUCCGUGAAUUGCAAAGGCACUGAAUCACGUCUCUUUAGCUGCAAAAUGGGUGAUCGACUCAUGACAAUUGGUGGGAACGUUACCUGUGAGAAUGGGAUGCCUGCAGUGGUAAGCUGCAGUCCUGGACUAGUGUUUUCCCCAGGCAGCCACAGUGGCUUCGGCAAAGCUUUCCGUGCUCAGCACUUUCUGGUGAGGCUAAAGGGUGGAGCCCAGGUUGGAGAAGGCCGGCUUGAAGUGUUGAUGAAUGGAGAAUGGGGGACCAUUUGUGAUGAUGGGUGGAACCUACCUUCAGCCAGUGUGGCCUGCCGAGAAUUGGGCUUUGGAACCGCCAAGGAGGCUAUCUUGGGUGCAAGACUUGGACAAGGCAUUGGCCCUAUCCAUCUCAAUGAAGUGGACUGCACAGGCUUUGAAAAGUCCAUUACAGACUGUAAAUUCAGCAAGGAGAUCAGGAGCUGCACCCAUGAAGAAGAUGCUGGUGUGAGAUGCAACAUCCCAGCGAUGGGCUUCCAAAACCAGAUACGCUUGAGUGGCGGCCGCACACCUUACGAAGGCCGGGUGGAAGUUCUCCAGGAGCGCAAUGGCACAUUCAUAUGGGGGUCCAUCUGCGGUGAAGGAUGGGAUAUAAUGGAUGCCAUGGUAGUUUGUCGCCAGCUGAAUCUUGGCUAUGCUAACCAUGCCUUCCAGGAGACCUGGUAUUGGUAUGGAGACACUGGUGCAGAUAACGUGGUCAUGAGUGGGAUGAAAUGCUCCGGUACAGAAAUGGCUUUGUUCCACUGCCCACAUGAUGCCAAGGUCUCCUGCCCCAAGGGAGGCGGACGCCAUGCAGCUGGUGUUUCCUGUACAGAAACUGCAGCUGAUCUCGUCCUCAAUGCCAAGGAAGUAGAACAAACAUCCUACCUGGAGGACCGCCCCAUGCAUGUGCUGCAGUGCGCCAUGGAGGAGAACUGCCUGGCCACCUCCGCGGUCAACACCUCGGUGACCUCCGGUUACAGGAGACUCUUCCGCUUCUCCUCCGAGAUCCAUAAUAACGGGCAGGCUGACUUCCGUCCCAAAACGGGCCGGCAUGCUUGGAUCUGGCACGAAUGCCACAGGCAUUACCACAGCAUGGAAGUCUUUGCCCACUACGAUCUGCUGGAUAGCAACUGGACGCAAGUUGCCGAAGGCCACAAGGCCAGCUUUUGCCUGGAGGACAGUGACUGCAUAGACGGGGUCCAGAAGCAGUAUGAAUGUGCAAACUUUGGGGAGCAAGGGAUCUCUGUCGGAUGCUACGAUGUGUAUCGGCAUGAUAUUGAUUGUCAGUGGAUUGACGUUACCGAUCUCAAACAAGGAGACUACUUCUUCCGGGUCGUUGUUAAUCCAAACUUUGAAGUGGCAGAGUCGGAUUAUUCCAACAAUGUUAUGAUAUGUAACGUCAGGUAUGGGUUACUACGUGUGUGGGUGUUCAACUGCCAUAUAGCCGAUUCUUACUAUGAACCAGACCAGAAAGAAUACUUCAGGGGACUUUUGAACAAUCAGGUGUUUUAACUUUAGACCCUCUGUUUAAAAAAAAAAAAAAAAAAGGAAAAAAAAAACCCCGAAGGUCUUUUCCCAUGAUUUCCCUAACCACUGCUCGGAAAACUGAAGUUUAUCAAGCCACCAACCACGAACGUUUCACUUUAGCUCUGUAAGUUAUUUUCCAAGGGUGUUACUCCAAGCCUACUUUGCAACCUUUAGCAGAAGGAAACCACAGCGGCAGACUCAAAUUCCAUACCAUUCCAAGAGAAGGAAGGUUCUGCACUAGCUGUACGACUUCGCUUCCCUCCGCGGACUUUCAACCCUUUGCAAACUCUCACUCGCUCCCACUUGGUCCACUGCAGCGUCCGAAGAAGCACCUGACUGACAACUCAGCAAGGAUUUGAUGCUCAGAGUUACCUCUUUUUUUUUUUUUGAGGACUUCUCUCUCUGCCUUGGUAGUUUGUCUCGCAGACGUUCGAAAAUCUGACUCUAUGCCGUUGGUGGGAAGUCACUUUUCUUCACCUUAGCCUGCUCACAUCUCCAAGAACAUGAGUGAUUAUUUGAUUUUAGGAGGGGGGGAAAACGGUGACACUGUCGGUAGGGCAAGGAAGGUAUGGCCAGCCUAACUUCCAUCUUGGUUUUAAAAACCCACUAGAAUGUGAAUUGUUUGAAACGCAGAAAGCCAGGGGUAUCGAACUCAAGGCCCACAGGCUGACUCUGGCCCGCUGUGUGCUUAAAUCCGGCUCGCGGGGCUGCCCUGGAAACAGCGAAGGGCAGGCCCCCGGUGCCUCUGCCAGCAAAAAUGGAGGUAAGGAGGGCCGCAUGCUCCAUUUUCGUUGGCAGAGCGCUCGGGCCGCCACAGGCGCCCCCGACACGAGUGACAUCGAGCUAGCCAUGCCCCACCCGGCCCGCCGAAGUCAAACACAACCCUCAUGCGGCCCUCAAUGAAAUCGAGUUUCACACCGCUGCAGUAAGCUGUUCACCUGCCUAGCCUUAUCCGUGUCUUUUCCGUCCAUACCACACCACCCUUAGCCACAUAUUUCCUUCCCGUUAAUAUUAAGAAAUACAUCAACUACACCAGAGGUGGUAUUCAGCAGGUUUCUGACCAGUUGUGGAGAACUGGUAGUGGAAAUUUUGAGUAAUUUGGAGAACCGGUAAAUACCACCUCUGACUGGCCCCGCCCCCAUCUAUUCUCGGCCUCCUGAGUCCCAGCUGAUCAGGAGGAAAUGGGGAUUUUGCAGUAUCCUUCCCCUGCCACGCCCACCAAGCCACGCCAUGCCACGCCCACUAUGCCACACCCACAGAACCAUUAGUAAAAAAAUUGGAAUCCCACCACUGAACUAUAGCAAGCUUUUCCCACGAUAGAUCUCCUCCCUAUUCAUUACGGCAAACUAUUCUACGAUACCUUGUAAGAAUUUUUUUAAAAAUGAAUUUCUUAGGACACAUUUUACAUGGGAGUCCUUGAAGAGGUUCCAAAAAUCAAGAGGGCCACUGCCAGGCAUGUCAUUGUAGCCAUCUUGACUUUUUGAUGACAACCUUGGCUUUAGCAAAUGUAUGGUGGUGCUAAGCACAUCGGCCUCUGUUUGUUUGAGGUCAUGCAUUCCUGCAGGAAACCAUUCCUACUUGAAUAUAUAUAUAUUUCGUGUUUUUAAAGGAAAGGCCUUUUACCCAGGGAGACGGUCUGUACACAGUACUUCCAAAGGAAUAUUUUUUAAAAAAAAGAACCCACAAGGGUUCCAGUUUUCUUAAUUUUACGACUCUGUACAACAAGGAACUGCAAACUUGAGCUAUAUAUUUGUUGCAGGGGAUCAAAGUUUUAUUUCUAAAAUAAUAAUAAUAGUCAGAGGUGUUUUUGGAGGUUCAAAAAGGCGAAUGUGAUCUUUUAUCUAUUUUUUUCUUUUAAGCAUCGGUGACUAAAGGUAGAUUGCCUCUGACCGUGAACGUUACUAGCUAAUGCUGCAUCAAGACUUUAAAUCAGUUGUGGGUUUCACUUACAUUCGCUACCGGUUCGGAUCUGCGAGCACGUGCGUGUACUCGCUUCGCUCGUGCACGGCGCUUCUGCCAAUGCUCAGAACCUUCUGCACACGCACAGAGCAUCCGUGAUGACAUUCGGGCGGGUGGGCGGAGCCUCCCGUCGCCGCCACUACGGGUUCGCCCAAACCAGGGCGAACUGGUAGAAACCCACCACUACUUUAAACCCACUGUAUUCGGGGACUGUAUGAGAGAAGGAAUUCAGUGUAUCUAAAGCAGUGGUGUCAAACUCAAGGCCCGGGGUAAUUAGAUCUGGUUCAUGGGGCCUCCCUGGAAACAGCGAAGGCCCGGCCUGUGGUGCUUCUGCCAGCGAAAACGGGCUCCCGAGCUCCGUUUUCGGCUGCCACGGCCUCCUGCAAUCCUCUGCCGGCAGAGCUGAAAACGGAGCUCCGGAGCCUGUUUUCGCUGGCAGAGCACUCGGGCCACCAAAGGUGCCCCGACAUGAGUGACAUCAAGCUGGCCACGCCCUCUGGCCGAGCCCCCGUUCCUCCCUCCCAAGGUCAAACACAACCCUGAUGCAGCCCUGAAUGAACUUGAGUCUGACACCCCUGAUCGAAAGCGAAAAGAAAUGAUUUAAAGCCUUCCCUUCUUGAAAACUCAUUCCUUGGCUCCUUUAGGAAAGAAAAAAAUAAAUAAAUCCGUAACCGGAAGAGGUGAACCACGUUAUCAAAGAGUGUCUCAUCCAGUACUGUGGAGAUUUAUGCAAACCCAAGUUCGCACAACUCUUCUUGAUCAGGGACACUGUGAUGUGUGUGUUUUUUUUUAAAAAAAAAAUAGGCCUCCGUUCCCUUUUUCUUGCUCUCUCUGCUGAUUCUUGCUUGUCAAAUGAGAACUAGUCCAGACACGUUGGUUGGGAAGAUAAGCUAAGAGGAUUUUAAAAUGGUAUUUUGCACAGGUAUAAGUGUUGUAUGAAUAAACUGAGAUUAUGCUGA